CGAGUUUGACUUUGGGAAUUUGCUUGUUCCCUCUGGGAGUACCGUUCCAGCAGCCACGGAUUUGCAAGGGCGCCCUCGAGGGCGCGAAGUUCUUCGCGCCUCGCAGUUUGGCUCCGAUGCCUCCUCGUUCUCCUCUUCUCCCCUGGGAGGCGGCGCGAGAGAGAGCGAAGUUGUUCACGCUUCGUGCGUCGCGCAGCGCGGAGCGCGAAGUUGGGAGCCCUUGGAUUCGCCAGCCCUCGCCCAGCUUCCACGAGGAGACAUGUUUCUUUGGCUACCACGGCCGCACCGACUCGCUGGUGCACACGUGCGCGGCAGGGCGGAAGGCGCCCCUGCUGCCCAGCGCUUUCGAGGUGGAGCUCGAGAGCAAGGGCUUCACGAACGGCCGGGACGAUCGCCCCAAGGUCGCCGAGCUGUACCGCUUGUCGUUCACGCAGCGCUUCGAGUCCGCCGAGACGCUGACCUAUACGAGCCUGGAGUGGGGGGACGAGGAGAGGCGCAGCGCGUGGCCGCCGUGCUGGCCGCGGGCGCCGCGCCCCGGCUGCGGGAGCUCUUUCUCGACGGCAACCGCCUGGGGGACGAGGGCGCGGCGAGGCUGGCCGAGGCGCUCCAGGCCCCUGGCGCGCUGCCGGCGCUGCGCGUCCUCAGCCUCCUCGGCAACGGCGUGGGCGACGAGGGCGCGGCGCGGCUGGCGGAGGCGCUGCGGGCCCCGGGCGCGGUGCCGCAGCUGGCGCAGUUCUACAUCCAGCGCAACCGGCCGCUCGGCGAAACGGGCCGGGCGGCGCUGCGGGCGGCGUGGAUGGAGGCUGGGCGGUGGCAGGGUGGCCUGGUGCUCUGA